GGUAUAGUUUUUAUCUCUUUCGCGUCUGUAUCGACUCUCUCUUGAGUGUCUCUAAUGUGACAUGGCGUCCAUCAAGAUAUAUCACGGCCUCCUGUAAAACUGUUUUAAUGACAGUGGGCUUUUAUUGCAUUUUAUUUCAGAGGCCGUAAUAAAUAGUACAUUUGCAUUGAUGGUAAUGCAUGCAAGGAAACCUCAGCGAAUAAGCGAUGGGUACUUUGAGAAGCACCAGACCCAUCCGUAUCAGAAGUACAAUUCCAAGAGAACUGUUAAUGACUACAGUACUUCUGACAACCGCUACACACCACUUAGAUCCCCCAAUGGCAAUGUCUCGGGACAUGGGCAUGGUGCCCAUGCAGGUCACACAGGCCACUCCGGUCAUGGUCACCACCACUACAGUCACAUGGCUGAAGAAAGAGAAUAUAUCACACACACAUCAAGAAACUCCUAUAUCCAGAAAGGUUCCGAAAAGGAGAGAGAUAGAGACUACAAAUCCUCUAGAAAUAAGUAUACAGAUGUCCGAUCCCCGAAGGAGAAACGUAUCAAAGACAGUGAGAGGGAGAAAAAUAACCAUGAAAGAUGUGAAUCGGAGAAAAAAAGUAGGACUAGUGGCUUGAAUAGUAGUGUUAAUAGAAGUAGUAAAUAUGACAAGAGAAGUGCACCAUGCUCAUCAAGCGUGCCUGCAGGAAGUGAAUGGUCAGAACAUAUUAGUUCAUCAGGAAAGAAGUAUUAUUAUAAUUGUAUCAGUGAAGUGUCACAGUGGGAGAAACCUAGGGAAUGGGAAACAAGAAGAACAUCAUCCAAAGAAACAUAUACAACAAGAAACAAUCGUGAGCGCGAUAAAAGAUCGAGUUCUAGAUCAGGGCGGAGAGAAACUGAGAAGUCAAAUAAGCGGACGAACAGUACGUCGGAAAGAUAUUGGAGCGGCGGAAGGGAAGAGGACAGUCACGAGAGAACGAGGCAGAAGCAUGCGACGUCGCAACACGACGGCAAGGAUGGACAAACAUUACAAGAUAUGGACAUAUCUCCGGAUCGGAGUACGCCUCUGUCGGAGAACUCGUACGGCGCAAGGGAGAGCGCGGGCCGCAGCGAUGGCAACGCGGUGCCGCCCGUCGUCGUGCUCGAUAACUCCAAUCAACAGAGUGGCUCAUUAUUGGCUGCGGCGUUACCGCGUAUCGUGGGCACGGUGCUGCCGAACGUGCCGGUAGCGUCGAGCGCGGUGGUGGUCGCGUCCAACAACGGCGGCUCGCCCGGCAGCGGGGGCGACACGCCGCACCGGGAUGCAGGCCCGCCGACACCGACGCACUCGGAGAACAUCGACCCGCACGCGCCGCCUAUACAUCUCGAUAACGCGCUGCCUAGGAAAAUGGAAUGCCUCGGCAGCUAUUCGUCUGUUGUUGGUGGGUCGUUGCAGCACGGGCCGCCGAUGCUGACACCGUCGCUUGUAAACUACGUGCGGUCGGAUCUCACCGCUCAUGUAACCGGCUGGGCUGCUGACAUACUUGAGAAACAGGCCAAUAAAUUUACCGAAGAAGCAUAUCAGCUAGGCUGUCUGCAGUGCACGCGGGUGUCGGCCGAGCUAAAGUGCUCGCGGUCCGUCGUGCGCCACACUGAAAUACAAGCCACACUGCAAGAACAAAAAAUAAUGUACCUACGUCAACAAAUCUCCCGGCUGGAGGAGCUGAAGUCGCAGAAUUCUUUCAUGUCGGAAGACUAGGGUCCGCGGUGGGGGGCUCCCCCGGCGCCUCCCACCCGCCUCUUCCUUACAUCACCACUCUCGCCCCGAGAAGACGACGCAUAUUAUCCAUUCCGUUAUUUUUCUAUGUAAUGUAGAUCAAAUGACUACUAAUUGUGUUGUGUGAUUCGAUGUUAAAUAAUAAGCAAUCGUUCUCGUGAUCAUACGCCGGGGUUGGUCAAUUGAAACAGUGCGAUUUCUUCUUAGCUAGGCGAUUACCACAGAUUCAAUUAAAUAAUUCGCUCCGUAAUGAAUUUAAGACAAUUUUCAAGGAAUAAUUUAAUCAAAAGUGGAUAUCUUUUAAGUAGGUAGGUUAAGUAGUGCAUACGUUAUUUGAAAAGUGAUCAGUGCACAAUAUGGGCGUUAUAACUUCAAUUUAAUGAAACAGGAUACGCAGUGUUGAUAUAAUUAGUAGAGAAAGGAAUGUGUUUAAGCAGAGCGCGAAAAUAAUUUUAUAAGCUUUCUAUAUGUACUAGACAGUUUCAUUGACUUUCAUCUUCUGUGAAAUGUAAGGGUGCAGUGUUUUGUAACGUGUUUAUUGUAAAGGUUUAAAUUAUUUAAAAGAUACAGUCGUAGAAAAUUAUCGGUUUUUGUAAUGAAUGUAUUAAUGAUGCGACCGCGCGAUUUACACAGCGCGCAACAUGCGCCUGCUGUUUGUUUUUGACCAAUCAAUGUAUAAACUUUGUAAAAACAAGUAUUUUGUAAUAAUUAUUAUUAAGUAACCAGAACUUCUUGUAGCUUAUGUUAGUUGAUUUUAGUGAAAAAAUCAUAUAAGUCUCAUAAGUCACAUCACAUCUAGCUACCUGCAAUCAUUAUUCUACUUGAACCGGUUCGAUUUUCCAAUGUCUUAUAGAAUACUUAUAAUAGAAUAUCAAUACAAUUACAUUUCUCAUUAACUAGUCGGUUAACUGAAAGUUAUUUUCAAAAUCAUCUUCCAUGUCGAGUUUCGUGUAAUAUUUUGCUUGUGUUACAAAAAAAACUCUUCCAGUAGUAAUGCUCGAGCUAUAAUCAUAUUUUUAAGUCUGAAAAUUAUAUAAAUACUGCUUAUACUAGUAAUCAGUGUUUGUAUGAUGCCGUUGAACUAUAAAGUAUUUAUAAAAAAUAUUGUGAAGCCGUACCUUAAUAAUAUUAUUUAUAUUAAAAUGAAAAUUGUGUGAUUCCAAGUAGAAUAUAGUGUUAUGACGUUAAAAAUUUUGUAUUAGUUAUUUUGUUUUCUGUGAAUGUGAUGUAAAUGUGAAUUCAAACAGAAAACUCAGCUUAGAUAAUAGUAAAGUAGCAAUAGUUCACUAAAGGACUAUUUGCGUAAAAAUACGAGUAAAAUGUGUUCAUAACGAAACCCUUAGAUACUUCAAUCAUUUGACAAAGUCAUUUUGACAUUUAAUAUUGACUGCAGAGCAAAAUCCAAUUUUGAUAAUAAACAAAAUGAUCAUUAAUGUAAUUUGUACCUAAAUAUUAUUAAUAAAUGUAUGGAAUUAAUUACUGCAAAAUAAUUGCAAUUAACAAACAUUUAUCACCUUGACAAAAAAUACUACCUCGCAGUUUCUUAAUUUGUAAACAGUAACAAAGCUAGUGGCUAGAUGUGGUAUGGCCGUAAUUGAUACCGAUCACAAGAUACGCGCCGGCGAUCGGAGCGCUAGCUUCGGAUAGUAGCCACGGGGCGCCACUAACAAUAGCGAUAGGUAGGUAAAAGAACUCCGGUCUAGGUCUUUUUAUUUUUCUAAUAUAGGGAUAUAAUAAAUCAAUUGUACGGCUGAAUUGACAUCAAUCCAUGUAAUAUAAUGUCAGAUUAACGGAAGUACUGUGAUACUCAUUCACGUUCACACGUAAUGAUAGCGAAUAAUUGUACUAUGUAAAUAUGUCUUUCUGGAGCAGUGCCUGUAGAGUUAGGUGCUCGCUGUGUUUAUAGAUCUAUAUUUAUAUAAGAAGCCGUGCGGGGCCCGGGGGAGUUCGCUCCGGUGAGGGCUUGGGUCGCCCUAGUCCCGCGGCGGCUCCAUUCACAGCUCGCCUAUCUCAACGUUUCCUUUUCAUAACAUCGUGACAUUUGUUUUCUGAUAUUGUUCGAAAUACAAAGAUUUAACCAGUUUAAAUAAAUCAGUUUCA